AUGAUCAGCCGAAAAAUCCGCAAAAAGAAACCUUUAAAAUGGUCUUCGAUCACUGGAUUGAUUGAUUGUCGCCUGCUUCUGGACUCGUCGAUGUCGCAGCAAUUUGGUGCUGUCACUGGAGCUCUAGCCGUUUACUUAUUUCACGACAAGCAGUCAACAUGUUUUAUAGCAUUUGGCGUGAACUGGGUGAAGAAUGAGAGGGGAGUGAGGGAGAAAGAAAAAUGCAGCGAAGCGAGGGAACGACUGAGGCGGGGUGAAGUGGCGAGGCGAAAUUACAUUCAAAGUUUUUAA